GAAAAGAGAGACCAAGUGUAGUGGAGGAGCUAAUUGGAGCGAGUGGAGGUGAAAACGAACCUUGAUUGCGUGAUGUCCUGACUGCAAUAGUGCACAUGGAGAAGAGACAUUCUAAACUGCGUGGGGAAGUUACUAAACUGAGAAUAACAAUGAAUGCGCAAAGCCGACUUUUGAAGAGGGUAUUAUUAGGAGCAAAAAUUGCUAAGCGGCAACAGAACAAGAAAGGCGAUAAAAGAGAAGAGAAUGGACUGCCGAGCUUUGAUUUGGGUAUAGAGAGCCAAGGGGGGAGAGAUGAUCCAGGCAAUGAUCAGGAAGAAAUGAUUUACGAGGAGGACAUUAUUAAGGAUGCUGAUUUUGGAACCCAACUUGGUGUUUCUGAUAAUGAAGUUGAUGAUCCUUUGAAUGACGUCAGCACACAAGAGAUUGAUGGGCGAUGGAGGAAGGCAAUUGAGGGUUUGGGGCUGAAUUUGGAUUCAGGAAAGGGUGCAGGGAGUAGUAAGUCCAUAAAUGUGUCAAAGGAAAUGACAACAGAUGAUGUGCAGACUGAUGAAAGGGUAGUGGAAGAUCGGGCUGAUGUUGUUGAUCGAAUAGAUGUUGCGGAACUUGUAGGAGCAUCAACAAGUAAUGGCGUAUGUGCUGGAGUACCUGAUUCUGUGAAUGGAACUGUAACUGGAGCAGUGGUUGGUGGGUUCUGUGACGGGUUUGAGACUGCAUCUCAAAUUGUUGAGGCACAAGAGGUGACGCCAGAGAAAAUUUUCAGUGAGAAUGUAAGGCCAGUGGACCAAGAGAUUGUGGACGAUGGUGCUGAUGAGGAAAUGGUCAAUGAGAAGCCAUGCACACAAAUAGUUGUGUAUGAAGAACCAAUAAGGGUUGAGAUGUCAAGAGAAAUAAAAGAUCGUCAGAAAAGACCAUUGAAAUGUCCACAUCGGUUCACUCCUGACCAGUUGAUAGUCAGGCAUAAAAGGAAAAAGGUGAGAACAGUGAUGGAGCAUGUUGUAGACUUCGGUGGAGAUGAAGAUGAUUUCGUGGGACCAUUCACAUUAGACCCCGCUGAGAUGCCAAGUGAGGACGAUUUGAGGGAGGUGGAUGAGUUCAUGCACAAAGGUCUGUUAAAGAAGCAUAAGACGGCGGCCGGGCGUAAGUAUUGUUCGAAUGAAGAUGUUCUUGCACCAAGUGAGUUUAAGACUCACUACGAUGAGAAGACCACCUUAACGAAAAGCUGGUACUACGAACUGUAUUUCCCUUGGGGGUGGCUGUCAGAUACGCAUCUUGAUGUCAUUUUCUACUACCUAAGGAUGAAAGGAGUGGAGUUCAGGUUAGCGCAGAGGUACACAACGACAGACACACCGUUCCUUGAAUUAAUGAAGACUUUGUGCGAUAGAUAUUUGAAGAAAGAACUGACAAUUGAGCAAGCUACACGCAAUAAGUCAAUAAGGAGCACAAUCGUUGGAGGGAGCCAUUGGACAUUGCUGGUCCUGGACAUUACGCAGAAGGUGAUCAGAACAUAUGACUCAAGCCUGCGGAGAAGCGAUUCGAAAAAGAAACUGCAGCAAUUCAUGACAAGCCUCCAAAUGUUUCUGCCAAAGCUGAUGGAUAAGCUGGGAGUGUAUGAAGGAUGGGAAGAAGGUCCGAUAGGUGAUGGUGUCCUUGCGAUUGAGGGUGGGUCAUGCUGCCCUCAGCAAAAUGACGGGUCUAGUUGUGGGAUGUUCGUAGUGAAGAUGGCAGAAUUUCUCAUGAUGGGGCGUGAUGUGCGCGAUAUGGAUGAUGCUGAGGUUGCCGCAUACCGGAAGAAGAUGACAACAGAGCUGUUGGCCUACUCCGGGAAGUAGGACGUAUGGACUGCGUUUGGAAUGAGACAGACAUGCACUCGUUUAAUGUUUUGUUUAGAGCAAUGUUUAGGUUUAAUGAAUUCUAUGCACUAUA